AUGGCUGAGCUUUUCGCUUUUGUCAAGGCACUAGAGGACGACUGGCAUGCAGUCAUGAGGGGAGUCUCGAUUGAGUACGGCUCCAAGAACAAGACUCAACACGACCUUGCAAUCUCAAUUGGCUGGCAGAAGCCACCAAAGAGGAACCCAGCUAACCGCAAGAAAGCCGAUCAGAACGAUGGACGAGCUCCUGACACAACCGCGACAUUGCUUCCUAAGAAUGUGGGUGGUCGGCCAAGGAACUCUCCAAACCUAAACAAGGAUCCGUUCUCAACGUACAUCUCUUACUCGGCAUCCCAAGAUUCGGCCAAGAAAAACCGCUGCUGGAUGGCUGCAGCACUUGAAAGCCUAUACGCACUGUUCAAUCCACUCUGGCUUCGUGGGACCAACGGGCUCAAAGCAGACAUCUUCACCACCCUGAUCAAGCAUUUCAACUCACGAACGACCUGGGAAUUGACUCAAUCGGGACACAUCCGGACCUUCUUGUCAAUCGGGCAGAACUCCUUGCAAACCGCGGCAAACAAAUUAUCCCCUGGUAGUUUUAACCCAGGGGUCUUUUGUUCAUGUGAUCUGUUCAUUGAUUUGCUCAUUGAUCCAACAUUCAGGAAACAAUCAAAAUCAAUGUACCCACCUCGAGAGCUAUUUACUGUUACCGAGGUCCGCACAGCAACCUGUCAAGAUCGUCCGUCGUUUGAUCAGCCCCAUCCUCGUGGGAUCCGGGACAUAACACUCUUGCGUAUUCAGAAAGAAACUUUUAACGCUGCAAAUAUCGAACCCUCUUCAAUUCAAGCAAUAAUUUCGAGAUGGACGACUGACGGCAUUGUCACAGUUUCAGGUUUAUGCUGCCAGGCCUGCCCUUCAACUCAGAAGACUGACAAGCGUCACCACCUCAUUGAAAAGUCGGUCUUAACGAUCGAGAACGAACCCCCCCAGCACUUGUACUUGUUGGUGCAAGUAUCGACGAUCAUUGAUCAAAUGGCUCAGCAAACCUUCAUGGCCGGACUGGAUUUCCCCUUCAAGUUGGAUUUCCAUGGGGUUUCUUACACUCUCUUUUCUCGCGGGUUCUGGAACGGGGUCCAUUAUUGGGCAAAGAUGCUCAAGAACGUUGGCGGCAUCUCAGGGGUAUGGAUGCACGACGAUCGAGAGAAUGGAGGGAUUGCUCGGCUGAUCAGUUCAGACCAUAGCACUAUCGCUGGACAGGCCCGGCACACAAGCUGGGUGUUUUACUCGCGAGCUUGGAUUCCAAGUGAGGAGGCAUUUGUGGUUGAAAGCAUUGCGAGGAUCUCUCGGGACAACGAUGGAGCUCAAGGUUUGAUGCCGUUUGUCCAUCUGGGCAUGCUCCUCAACAUCUCACCAAUCAAACUGGGUCCGAGCGAUGAAAAUUUACAUACGUUGGCUUCAGUUGAUACACAAGUACCUCAGCUUAAAAGAAUGGACUCGGAUGUUGCAGAGCUUGCCUCUGCUCCAAUGAUUUUUGACUCUUCAGCGGCUCAAACACAAACCUUAGCGAGCACAACUACUCAAACCCAACCGUUGGCUAGCACUACAUCGGGAGGAGACCAACUUGGCGAUCGUAAGAAAAAAGCUUCCGGAGAGUUUAAGAUCCGAUUGAAAUUCAUGAAGACUACCGACCCGCAACUGAUGAGUGGCAAUGCUCCAAAGAUUGAAGAGCAGGACAAGGCAACUAAAGUUGAGGAUCAAGCGUCACAGAUUGGGAGGAAGACGAACGAGAAGAAUGUUGGGCCAGCAAAAAAAUUGAACGGCCCAAAAACUAAAACGAUCAAGCCCAAACGGGCGGGCACUCGAGCAAGUACCCGCAAAGCUCAGCAGGAUUGA